GCGUCCUGUGCAGUGGCUGCCCGAGGUCCUGGGUCCCUGCAGUGGCAUAACGGGCUCCAUCCUGCCCGGGGCACUAGGUCCCGCCCUGUGGAGUAACAGUCUCCAUCCUACCCCGGGAGUUGGGUCCCGUCCUGUACAGCAAUGGGCUCCAUCCUGCCCGGGUGUUUGGGAUGUGGGGGUUCAUGCUGCAUAGGAGUGCUCCUGGAGGAGGGGGUGCUCAUCCUGCCCGGGGUGCUGGGGCUGGAGAGGAGAACUGCUCUUACCAGGCCUGGAUGGGGCUUGCCCUGCUUGGAGUUGGGGAUGCAUCCUGCCCUGGUGGGGAGAAUUCCCAGCCUGAGGUGCUGGGGCUGCGUUGGAAGGGUCCUCUGUGAGCAGGGAAAGGGUCCUGUCCUGCCCGGCGGUGCUGUGGCCCUCCUCUGGAAGGCAGAGAGUGGUCAGCUCUCAGGGGUCCUAUCCUGACCCGGGGGAUCUCACAGAGGGGACACUGCCAGUCUGCAAGGCAGGGCAGCCCCCGGUCCUCAUCUGGUGCUGUUGUAAGAGGGAUCCCAGCUGUGGGGAGGGAGCGAGGGGGGUCCCAUCCUGCCUGGGGAGGCGCAGGGGACCCUCGGUGUGCUGGAGCUCCCAGGCAGGGUCCUGGCUGGAGAGGAUCGUGUCCCGAGGGUGCUUUUGGAGGGGAGAUGCUCACAAUGGGGUCAAAUCCUGCCUGGGCUGUGCUGAUGCUGCCUGGGAAAGAGGAGGGGAAAUCCUGCGCUCAGGGAAUGAGUAGGCUCUUGGCUGUGGUGGUGAGGAAAGGGGCAGGGGUCACAUCCUGCUCAGGGGUGAUCCCCAGCUUGAGGUGUGCUGCUGUGGAGGUGUUCACAGCCGCUUGGGGUAGGGUCCUGCUGGGGUAGUGGUGUGGUUGUGAGCACUGGGCUGGGUGAUCACAGAGGUCUCUCCCAAGCCCAGCAGUUCUGCCUGGGUGCUGAGGUACGCAGGGGUGCUGCUGGGGGAGGUCCCAAGCCAGAAGAGCCCCUGGGAGGGAACUGCCUGUAGCAGAGAGGGCCUGAGCUUGCUGCAGAGGGGUGAGCAGUGGGGCAUGGGCUUAGGCUGAGCCGCAGCCUGCAGGGUCUGGCACUGUACUGGGCAGAAGGGUGCUGGUACCAGCACACUGCCCAGCCUGGGGUGUGGGGCAGAAGCCUGGGGCCAAGGUGGGUCCCAGCAUCCCAAAGCCAGGCAGAGGAGCGGUGGCAGCGCUCCGGGGGUGCUGCUUCAGGGCAGGCUGGCAGCGGGAGGGGGAGCCGCAACUCUGGGUCUGUCUGCUUGUUCCCUGCUCCGAAGAAGACCCCCAGCGGGGGCUUGCAGCUGCGGGGGGGCAGGGUGAAGGUGCUCCAGCCCAGGACAGCCUCUGAGUGGGGUGGCGAUGGCAGAGAGCUCCCUUUGCCGUGCGGGGGAAGGCAGCCAAGGCGUGGCCGGGGCGGCCUUGGCUGCAGCUGCCUGCUAGGCGCAGGGCUCCUGGGCAAGUCUCAAUCCUCCACCCAAAAGAUGACAGCCCCGGGGGGUAGAACCCUGUAGAAGAGUUAUUUCUGCAAAAGCAAACAUCCUAAACCUUGAACACUGCGAGGCAGGAAGGUGAAACCUGCAGAAGACCUCAGUCCUGGUGCAGAGAGCUGCCCGGGAAGCGUUCCCAGAGGAAAACCCCUGGAUCCACAGGCGUGUGAAAUGCUCCUCCGGUCUUGUGUUUCAGCCCUUGGAGCCCUCCAGCCAGACCCUCCAUGUCCAUAGCCAGCAAGCACCUCUCCCACCAUGACGUCUGAGCUCAACGUGCCGGUGGAUCCCUCCACCCCUGCCUGCUGCUCCGAGCCCGGCACCAAGGGCAUGGAUUACCGGGACUGGGUCCGCCGCAGCUACCUGGAGCUGGUCACCUCCAACCACCACUCCGUGCAGGCCCUCUCCUGGAGGAAGCUCUACCUGAGCCGAGCCAAGCUGAAGGCUUCCAGCAGAACCUCUGCUCUGCUCUCUGGGUUUGCAAUGGUUGCCAUGGUGGAGGUGCAGCUGGAGGUGCAGUACAAAUACCCCCAGAUGCUGCUGAUCGCUUUCAGCGCCUGCACCACGGUGCUGGUGGCCGUGCACCUCUUUGCCCUCCUCAUCAGCACCUGCAUCCUGCCCAACGUGGAGGCUGUCAGCAACAUCCACAACCUCAACUCCAUCAGCGAGUCCCCCCACGAGCGCAUGCACCCCUACAUCGAGCUGGCCUGGGGCUUCUCCACCGUGCUGGGCAUCCUGCUCUUCCUGGCCGAAGUGGUGCUGCUCUGCUGGAUCAAAUUCCUGCCCGUGGGCUCCAUCCUGAAGAACGAGACCAGCAGCGUGGAGAAGCCCAGCGGGCACGCGGGCUGGCAGUCAGCCCUGGUCUCCACCAUCAUCAUGGUGCCCGUGGGGCUGAUCUUUGUGGUCUUCACCAUCCACUUCUACCGCUCGCUGGUGCGGCACAAAACGGAGCGGCACAACCGGGAGAUCGAGGAGCUCCACAAACUGAAAGUGCAGCUGGAUGGGCACGACAGAGGCAUGCAGGUGGUGUGACAGAGGGGCAGAGCCUGCUGCCAAGGUCUGCUCAGCCCCCAGAAAACCAUAACCCCCCUUCUGCUUGUGGGUGAGAUGCACCAGUGAUGGAUUGUCUUGAGGCUUAACCAUGUAACCGCUCCUUGCCUGCCGUGCCGCGCUGCGGGUUUGCUGUUUCAGGUGCUGGGGCUGCUGGCCUGUGUCUGAUCCUGCACAUCUGUCAACUUAAGGUGACACUGCCACGGGGUUUGAGGGCAAAACAGUUACCUUCACAUUGGGUCAAGGUAGCCAAACCAAACCAAACCUAACCUGGGUUUUGUACAACUUGCCGAGAGCCGAAGCGCUUCAACUGUCCAUAGCGCUGCGUGUGCAGGACCUGCCUUAGCCGCAGCACUCCCUGGCUGCCAGGGCAGCAGCUCAUGCAUGGAGCUGAACUGGCUCAUGUGGCUCUCUCCAGCUGACCUGAGGACAUCCAGGACAGCACAAGAGAAGCUGUGAGUGUUGGAUCACCUUUGCUCCAGAGCAAGUAUUCCCAUCAAGACAUAACCAGGAAGAAAUCAGCCUCAGCUUUGCUCUUCUUCCCUCGCUGCUCCUUCCUUUCCUUCCCCCAGCUCAGGAGGCAGAAUGUCAGGCUGGCAGGAGGCAGAAUGUCAGGCUGGCAGGAGGCUGGGAACUUCUGUCACACUUUCUUCAGCAGCAUCUGGCACUUGAGCUUGAAGGAAUGCCAAGAUCAUGGGGGGGGGGGGGGGGAGGUCUUUUCUCCCCAGAGUGCCCAGGGAAGGCUUGCAGGUGGUUUAGUUUUAACAAGGACAUUCUUAAAGUGGAACAGUGGCAGCGACUUGUAAUGAGGCAAAGCUCUGAGGGACUGGAAGCAGAAGUUUGCAGAGGUGAGGGGUGGCUGGCAGCACGUUGUGGAAGUCUGUCUCGACGUCAUCUUCAUUCCCCUGCUCCUUGUCCUGUCUUUUGCCCAGUCUGCUGGAGAGAACAAACCCCAGCCCUGCCUGUUGCAUUUGGUUUGGCUCUCUUUGGUCAGCUGCAGCAUUUGUCUGUCCAAACCAAAUGCAUCCUCCCUCCACCGGGGCGGGCAGCUCCUCUGGUGGAACCUGGAGCUGCCAGGGAGAGUCUGACAGAGCUGGCUGCAGCUGUGUGCCCCUGAGGAGCCACCACCUUCCACUUGGCAGCAGCAGCAGAGGAGGUGCCGCUGGCCAUGCCUGCCUGGCUUGCCGCGGGGAGCUUGGAGCGGCUGCAGGGAUGCUCUGCCGAGCGCUGGUGGCUUUGUGGAGGGCAAAGAGUGCUUUGCAGUCACCAGCCCUUGGGAGGGACAGCCACACAUGAGCACAGCGUCCUGCCCUCACCCUGCCCUCUCCUGCUCUGACCUCGGCGUUGCCAUUUGGGAGCCUCCCAGGCUGUAAGGGCUUCUGGGGCCACGAAGAGUGUUUGUCGUCUUCUGUGUGACCCUGCUCCCUGCUUGCCCUGGGGUUUGAGAGCUCCCACGGCAGCGAGUUCCGUGUCAGCCUGCCAGGAGGGAGGGAGCACACAGCUCCCAGUGCAGCUGGGCAGGGACAGUCCCUUCCAUUGCUCUCUGCCGGAGGGGCCGCGGGAGGGCAGCUCCCAUGCCUUUGGUUUACAGGCGAGCCUGAGCCUCGCCCAGCAAGCUGCUUGGUGCCCUCCCUGUGGCUUUCAUCUGCUCUUCUCCCUGCAGCUGGCAUGUCCCAUCCCGGCUGAUGGCAGCACAGAAAGGCCUCUCUGCCUGCUGCAGCAGCAGGCUGCACUUCUGCACCGUGCAGCUGAACCAACCCAGGAGAGUCCCCUGCAGGCGGCCAGGCAGGAGCCUCCCCGCGUCGCCCCGGGAGCCUGCCCUCUUCUCCCUCCUUUUUACCCUAAUAAAAACGAAAGGUUUACACAACAAAA